UCUAGCACCCAACUCAUUUGUAACCUUUAUUUGUUGUGUCACUUGCAUGAGCAUUCUUCUCCAGCUAUAUAUAAUAGCUUUCAAGUUUACAAGAGUUGAAGCCAAAGUUUAUGGGAAGUGAAACUCAAGAAAACAUAUCGAUGGAGCGCUCGAAGCAAGAAGAAGAAGGAAUGGCAGAACCUGUGAGUCCAACAGGGCAAUACUUCAAUAGCUCAGUGCUUUCAAUUUGUGUUCUUGGUGUUUUAGAAUCAGAAGUUCCGAUUGAUGACUCGCCUACCAUGUCUUUGCUUCAAGAUGUUUUCCUCCCUAUCAGCCCUCGAUUCUCCUCCAUCAUGAUCAGUGAUAGAAGAGGUGAAAAACAAUGGAAGAGAGUUGAUGUUAACCUAAAAAACCAUGUAAAUGUCCCCACUUUCCCUGCUGGAUUAUCACCAAAGUCUUAUGACAAUUACUUCAAUGGCUAUUUAUCAAAAAUAGCUUUGGAACCUCUUCCUCAAACUCAACCCUUAUGGGAAAUGCAUAUCAUAAAAUACCCUACAAGCAAUGCAGCUGGCAAUCUCAUUUUCAAGCUUCACCAUGCUCUUGGAGAUGGAUUUUCUCUUAUGGGAGCUCUUCUUUCUUGUCUCCAAAGGGUAGAAAACCCUUCUCUUCCCUUGACAUUUCCUCCUCUUCAACUACGCUCCAAACCUGAAAUAUUCAAGAGUAAGAAGAGUACGGUGUCUGAAACUUUUAGCUCAAUCUUUAAUACCAUGUCUGAUUUCGGAUGGAGCCUUCUUAAGAGCAGUGUGGUUGAAGAUGUUCAGUCCCCUGUAAGAUCUGGGGAUGAUGGGGUUGAGUUUAAGCCAAUUACCAUUUCAACAAUGACAUUCUCUCUUGAUCAAAUCAAACAAAUCAAGACCAGGCUUGGAGUGACGAUAAAUGAUGUGAUUACUGGGAUAAUCUUCUAUGGGAUUCGAUUGUACAUGCUAGCAGUUAGCAAUAACUCAACCAAUGCACAUUCUACAGCAUUGGUGUUGCUCAAUACGAGGAUCAUUGGUAGCUACAAAUCGGUAAAGGAAAUGGUGAAGCCUAAUGCAGAGUCACCAUGGGGAAACGAAUUUGGAUUCCUGCAUGUUUCAAUGCCUGAAUUAACUAAGGCUGCAGUAACUAAUCCACUUCUGUUUGUUGAGAAAGCACAGCAAAUAAUCAAGAGAAAAAGAGGCUCUCUUGCUGUUAACCUCACUGGCAAGCUCCUGGAGGCUGUAAGGAAACUUAGAGGCCCUGAGGCAACAGCCAAAUACAUCCAUAGCACACUCAAGAACUCAAGCAUGACAAUCUCAAAUGUUAUUGGCCCAGUUGAGAGGAUGGCUUUGGCUAAUCAUCCAGUUAAAGGUUUAUACUUUAUGGUAGUUGGUGUACCUCAGAGUCUUACCAUAACCAUGGUGAGCUACACAGGAAAGUUCAGAAUUGCUGUGGGAACAGAAAAGGAUUUCAUAGAUCCUCAGAAGUUCAAAUCAUGCAUAGAGAAUGCCUUUGAGAUGAUAUUCAAGUCCUCUUGUGAAGCACUUUCAAGGGCAAAUUAGUUUAAGAGAGAUCACAAAUAUAUAUAUAUAU